CCCAAAGUAUUAUAUAAACUAUUGUCCGGAAUAUUACUGAAAGAAUCGAAGAAAAGUCACAAAAGAGAUCCGUCGACAGGAAGUAUUGAUUUGCAGUCACUAUCUGUUAGAGAGCAGAGAAAACAGAUGAUUAUAACGGAUCCUAAACUUCAAGAAAGACUCAUUGAAUUGAUGUGUGAUUUUGAACCCAAUUCCGUACAAAAGACGCUCCAAAUUCUGGAGGACUAUCGGCCGGAGAUUAUAUUAGUUAUGACCAGAAAGUGUGAGAUAAAGGACGGGACGGCAUAUCUGCUCGAAAAGACCUCCAAAUUCGAUGAGGCCUUCGCUCUAUUGCACACAGAUUUGCAGCAAAAGAUAAUUGAUUUUAAGGCUUCAGAAGUGGACCAAUUCGUGGACCAAAUUGUCAUUAAAAUCACAGAUCUCAUAGACCUGUGCGGGCGCUGUACCACCAAAAUGACUGAGAGCUCGCAGAUGCAGCACACAGUGGAUCUCUGGAUCUCUUUACUCGAAUCCAUGCAAACAAUCAAUAAAUUGGUUAAGAAGUCAUCUCAAGAUAAAUAUUCAAACAAAUUGAAUGAAUUAACGAAUCGAUUCCUCAUUGGUUUGAACGGAACGCAGAACACGACAGCAGUUAUGCAGAGGUUUAUGACCAGAGAGUCAUCCGACGGAACGGCAGACCUCUUAUAUGGCGCUAAAGAUCUAGUCUUUAAAGUGAAGGACAACUAUAUCUAUGAGGAAACACUUCUUCAGACGACAAACAAUUUACUGUUAACUGAAUUACACCAACAUUUAGCACACCUUCAAAGGCUCGCCACUAAAGCCAACACCAAUCGCGGCCUCAAGACGUGUGCCGUUUGUGGUAAACAUCUACAACACUCGGACAAUGUCGUGCUAUUCAGUUGUAAGCAUUCAUUCCAUGAGAGAUGUGUGACCACAGAUGACGGACCCGUUUGUCACAUAUGCGACAAUCACGACAAGCCUUCUGCCAAUCGUGUGUCGAGCGCACAGAAUAUCUGUUCCAAUGAAACCAAUUCUAAUCAUAAGUUAAGAAAUGCACUCAAUCUAAGCGAAAGUCAAAUGAAUGCUUUACAAUACCUCAAGAAUGGACAGCGAAUCGACUCCAGAAUAAUGAGUGGUCGUCGGUGUGAUGUGCGGUGUGUGGACACGGAUGACACGAUUGUCAUUGAGUUCAAGUACAACCAAUUGGACACCAAUUCUCAGCGAUUCUUUCACUUUCAAAGAGACAAAUCCGAGACUUUGAGACAAACUUUCCAAAGAAUUGCACUCAAUAUCCAUAAGUUGUCCGCAAAGAAGUCAAAGACCAGUAAAAGCAAAACCAAUUGUCAAACAGAUGUCAACGCAUUAGAUAUACAGCUCUUUAUGGACGGAUGCGCUGUUUCUCAAGACUCAGCCAAUUGCCAAACUCUUAGAGUGGGAGACAAUGACUACGAGGUGUACGUAAACGCACCGACAGUUAAGUCCCUAAAACUUCCCAAAGUAAUGAUGUCUUCGUUCACAAUAUAUCCUAAAAUUUCUCUCGAGUUUUGUUCGCAAAAUGAUUGCAAAUUUUAUUGGUUCCGGGAAUCGAUAGCAAAGACAAAUGAUUCCAACAGUUCUACGAUCGCUGCCAAUGAGCAGACAAUAGUUGAUCCCAAAAGUGAUUGGCUUUUAGUGAGCGAAGGAUUCUAUUACAAGACUAGUAGUGAAGACAUCGGCGCUAAAGUCAAAGUGGUUUGUCAUCCGAUGGGUGGCAGAGAGUGUGAAGCGAUCGGUNAUCCGAUGGGUGGCAGAGAGUGUGAAGCGAUCGGUGAGAAUGUGAUUGAAGCCAAUCCAGGGUUGUGUCCAUUCGAGGAAAGGCUUGUUUUCUGCACUGAACCCACAAAUUGUGGCUCUUUUCGAGUCAUUUCCUAUAAUAUAUUGGCCGACAUUUACGCCGAUCAGGACUACACCCGAACAGUACUCUUCCCCUACUGUCCCGCAUAUGCGCUAAACAUUGAAUACAGGAAACAGUUAUUGACUAAAGAGAUCGUCGGCUAUAACGCAGACAUCUGUUGCUUCCAAGAAGUGGAUCGACAGGUGUUUGACUCCGAUCUCAAACCUAUGAUGUGUUUCCUAAACGAGACGAACGCUAAACCCAAAUAUGAGUCGUUUUUUAGCGAAAAGGGAAACACCGGCGAAGGUUUGGCCGCUUUUGUCAAUUCAUCAAAGUUUGAGACAUUGAGCGUCAAAACGGUCUGUUUGUCCGAAGAACUCAAAACUAAUCCCAUUUUCGCUCAUUUAUUAACUCAAAUCAGCGCCAAUGAGAAACUGUUGGACCGAUUAAUGGCCAGAUAUUCAGUCAUUCAAUGCAUUCUUCUUAAGUCUGUAGAAGAUAGCAAUCGGGCCAUCAUUUUAGGCAAUACUCACCUCUACUUCCAUCCCGACGCCGACCACAUCCGACUGAUUCAGUCUUUUAUUUAUAUCAAAUAUAUCGAGAAUGAGAUGAAAGUGUUGUCAAAAAAGAGACCAGAGUUGACUGUUUCGCCGAUCCUUUGCGGCGAUUAUAACAGUUGUCCGGAAUUCGGUGUUUUCCAACUCUUCACCACUGGAUUCGUUUCCAAAGACAUUGAGGAUUUCAAAAGCAAUUCAGACGAGACAAUCCAUGGCAUUGAUAUGAGUCACGGCUUAAGUCUGGACAGCGCUUGUGGUCAACCCGUGUACACCAAUUACACGCCAUUCUUCAGCGGUUGUCUCGACUAUAUAUUC